AUGGGGACUACGGCCUUGGAUUCAUUCAAGGACAUAACCUCGGGAGCUGCAGGAGGUAUAGCGCAAGUUCUAAUAGAUCUCGUAAAAGUGCGCCUUCAAACCCAAGGCGGAGGAGGAAAUGCCCUAGGUCUAGUCCGCAGCAUCUGGACUAAAGAAGGGCCUUUGGCUUUUUACAAGGUCAGCAUACAAUUCGGCGCCUUUCAACUCUUCCGCCGGCGACUCGAAGAGUAUCGCGAAAUCUACCCAGCCGACGCUAAAACUAACAGCAAAUCACUCUCCCUAUCUGACUUCUACCUUGUGGGAGGAGCCGCGGGCCUGACCAACAGCAUCAUAUCCGGACCAAUCGAACAUGUCCGAAUCAGGCUCCAGACUCAGCCAAACGGCGCAGCCCGUCUAUACUCUGGGCCCUGGGACUGCGUGCGCAAGAUCACACAGCACUCCGGUAUCAAGGGCCUGUAUCGUGGGCAGGUCGUCACUCUUUUCAGAGAGUUCCACGGGUACGGCAUCUGGUUUGCCGCGUAUGAGGGGUUUCUCAGUAUGGCGAUGGCGUGGGAAGGCGUCAAGGACAGAAGAGAACUAGCUAGCUGGAAGAUUGCCGUCUGUGGAGGUCUUGCGGGCGAGGCGCUGUGGCUGGGGAGUCAUCCGCUCGACGUGAUCAAGAGUAAGAUGCAGAGCGACGGGUUUGGGAGAGGCCAGAAGUACUUGACUAUGCGUGACGCUUUCCGCCAGACUUGGACAGAGGGUCGGUUUCGAGGAUUAUUUCGAGGACUUGUUCCAGCGUUGCUGAGGGCGAUGCCUGUGUCUGCUGGGACUUUUGCAACGGCUGAGCUUAGAGAUGUUAUCCCACAGCGCGUUACGCUUGCCGAAGGCUGCACUGGGAAGCGAUUGGAAUAUGUCGCAUUGCCGGUGGCACAGUGCCCGAAAUCGGCUACGGUACACAUCCAGCGGCUCGCAGCUCUUCUGAGCCGGCGACAUCCAGCUGUUCACUAUGCCAACAAUGCGUCUCUUACAAGUUUCCAGUCGCGAUACGCAUCCACCACUUCAGGGAACCCAGAAACAUUGCCACCACACUCCAAGCUGCCCUUGAAGAUUCUCUUGCGGUCCCUGUUGGUGGCGACCAUUUCUUCCCACCGGAUCUUGCUGGGCCCGUCUCUGGCUAUUUUGAAAUUCCUAAACGACUCGCACCGAACCUGGGUCUUUGACGUGCAAAGGAAUCCUUUAUUGCACGCUAUACUAAAGAAGACCAUGUACAACCACUUCUGCGCCGGCGAGAACCGACACGAGGUGACGUCGACGAUUGCGGAGAUCAAGCGCAUGGGGUUUCGGGGAGCCAUCCUCACGUACGCUCGCGAGAUUGUGGUCGACAACACGACAGAAGAAGAGAGCGGUCGGGGGUUGAAGGAGAUGGAUUCCGCUUCAGAAAUCGAGUCAGAUGCUGGGAUCGACGCUUGGCGUGAGGGUGUCUUGGAAACGGCGGAUAUGCUCAGUGAAGGAGAUAUCUUGGCUCUCAAACUGACUGGUGCCGGUGCCGCCGUUUCAGAGGCGCUCACUUCGAGGAAGCCCCUACCAGCGCAGAUGGAGUCAGCUCUCGCAGACGUAUGCUCUCGCGCGGUGGAGCGUGGAGCACGCAUCUUCAUGGACGCCGAACAGAUUUCAGUACAGCCCGGAAUCGACGCAGUAGCAGUAGACCUCAUGCGCCGCUUCAACACGAAAGAAAGAGGCGCCGUCGUCUUCAACACCUACCAAGCCUAUCUCAAGAGCACACCGGAUACCCUGGCUCAGCACGUGGCGCUAGCUCACAGGGACAACUUUGUCCUCGGUAUCAAACUGGUGCGCGGAGCUUAUAUCAGCUCAGAGCCAAGGCACAUGAUCAAUGAUACCAAGCAAGCAACCGACGACUCGUAUGACUCUAUUGCACGGGAGCUCUUGUCACAAGGUUACAGAGACUAUGGCGUGCCGGGCGGGAAGUCAUUCCCGGGCAUCGAGUUGUUCCUUGCAACGCACAAUAAGGACAGCGUCCUAAAGGCCAAUGAGCUUCAGCAAACUCGCGCCAAGGAAGGGAAGGCCUUGAUCAAGAUUCAGUAUGGGCAGCUUCUGGGCAUGGCCGACGAAGUCAGCUUCAGUCUGCUCCAGCUUGCAGACCAGGGGUCCGAUGCAAAGGGAUCGGAAAGUGAUGCCCCUAUAGAGGUCUACAAGUGCUUGAGCUGGGGCUCUCUUGGUGAUUGUACGUCGUAUCUCUUGCGGCGGGCGGUCGAGAACCGGGAUGCGGUAUCUCGCACAAAGUCGGAGUUCACUGCGUUGAAGAACGAGAGAGCCCACCGCUCCCUCAGUCGCCCUCACCUCACUCACCCUCCGACCACCCCACUCCCUUCCGAAAGUCGACACCUAGACGGCAUUGCCGACAACCCACCCAACAUGGCAGCCAAAGGAGACAAGAUUGAAAAGAUCAUCACGCGGCUCCAGGCCCGCAUCGGCGAGGGCCAGUUCUACGAGGCCCAGCAGCAGACCCGCGUCGUCGCCGCCCGCUACAUCAAGGCCGCGAACUGGCCAGCCGCCAUCGAUAUUCUCUACAAUGUCGCACAGUCCCUACUGAAAGCCGAACAGGGCGGCAGCGGCGGCGACCUGGCCGUCAUGCUCGUCGACGUCUUCAAGCAGGCCGAGCUCAAGCCCGACGCCGCCAACAAGGGCAAGCUGCUCACCCUCCUGCGCCUGUUUGCCGCCCAGGAGCCCACGAGGAAGAAGUUUAUCGGGGAGAUUAUUGCAUGGUCAUCAAAGUUCGGCGAGUACCCUGCCGGCGAUACCGAACUCCACCACGUCGCCGGAUCCCUCUACGCCGAAGAACACGACGCCUACGAGGCGGAACGACACCUGGUGCUAGGAACAAAGGACUCGGCCGAGGUGCUCGCAAAGAUGGAAUACGUCUGGUACAAGGAGGACGACUCGCACACGGCGCCACUCUACGCCGCCCGCGCCAUCUUCCCCUACCUCCUCGUCGGCAACGUCCGCGCCGCAAACACCUGCUACCGCCUCUUCGCCUCCUCCCUCAGCGAUGACAACAAGGGCCUCGGCGUCCAGGACGUCAGCAGCAAUAGCGCCGACUUGCGCAUCUUCCCCGGCUUGCCCCUCCUCAACUUCCUCGGCCUGCUCCUGCUGGCGAUCCAGCGCGGCGCCCCGGACGCCUACAAGCAGCUCCUGGCAAAGUACUCGUCCAACAUUUCCGAGGUCAGCGCGUGGAGCGAGGCGCUCGAGAUUAUUGCCGAAAUGUACUUUGGCAUCUCGCGCCCAAGGCAGAGCAAUCCGCUCAUGGACAUGAUGGGCAGCCUGUUUGGUGGCGCCGGUGGUGGUGGCGCCCCUCAGCAGAGACGUCCCGCAACAAGACGGGUGGAGGCACCCGCGGCUGAGGGCUUGGAUUAG